AAAUGAUAAGGUGAUGUUUGGUGUACCAUUAGCUGGCGUAAGGUUGUAUGAAAAAAGCUCAUCUCAAAGUCACCAACGGCCCAAAAACAUAUAGCACAAAUUAAAGAAAAGAAGAAAAAAAGCAAAUAUUUUUUUCUCAUUCUUCUUCUGUCGUUCAUUAAUCUCUCAUCGAACAUCGCUUUGCUAUUUUGAAUUUUGCCCACUUCUGCAAUUCGGGAUUGGAAAGCGUACGAGUUCGAAUUUUAGGGUUUUUAUAGAGUUGCUUCUUGGUUCUUGGGAAUGGCUGGGAUUUGAGGAAGUGGAAGAGGAAAAAGAGAUUCUUUUUUUAGAUUUUGUGAAUUUGCGGCGGAGAUGAGUGCUUCGAGGUUCAUAAAGUGUGUCACCGUCGGCGAUGGUGCCGUCGGAAAAACUUGUAUGCUGAUUUCUUACACCAGCAACACUUUCCCUACGGACUAUGUUCCAACUGUUUUCGACAACUUCAGUGCUAAUGUGGUUGUAGAUGGGAACACAGUGAAUCUCGGAUUGUGGGAUACAGCCGGUCAAGAAGACUACAACAGGUUAAGACCGUUGAGUUACCGUGGUGCAGAUGUCUUCAUUCUUGCAUUCUCGCUCAUUAGCAAGGCUAGCUAUGAGAAUGUAGCCAAGAAGUGGAUUCCUGAGCUCAGGCAUUAUGCCCCUGGCGUUCCUAUUAUCCUAGUUGGAACAAAACUCGAUCUUCGAGAUGACAAGCAGUUCUUCAUAGACCAUCCUGGUGCAGUGCCGAUUACUACAAACCAGGGAGAGGAACUAAAGAAACUGAUAGGAUCUCCGGUUUACAUUGAGUGUAGUUCAAAGACGCAGCAGAAUGUGAAAGCAGUCUUUGACGCAGCCAUUAAAGUGGUGCUUCAGCCACCGAAGCAAAAGAAGAAGAAAAAGAACAAGAACCGUUGCGUGUUCUUGUGAUCGUCUUUACAAAGUAUGAUUUAGGUAACAAACGAAGCUGAAGAACCCAAAAAAAAAAAAAAAAACCAGCAUCUUAUGCAGCAACAUUGUAUAGUUGUUGAAUCAGGCUUGUUUCAGUCUUUACGCAUUUUUUUUUCUUGCUGGUGAAUCUAAUGAGUGAAGUGAGGCCAAAAGGGGAUUCUGGGUAAGAGAAAAGGAUGAGUUCUUGGUGUGUUGUUGUUGUACUUUUGCUAUGUAGACUAAUCUCAUACUUUUUGUUUUGUUUUUGCUGUUGGGAUACAUUUUGUACUUUUAACAGAUGAAUUGAAGUAAUUUUAUCAUCGUAAUUUUCUCUUCUCAAGUUUC